AUGCCAAUCGGGGAGCUUCAAGGGCAUUUGAACGAUGUUAGCAUGAAUAACCGUGACUGGAAUGUGAGCAGUCACUUCAGCGGUGGUGAUGGCGAAGGGGAAACUUCCGUUGAAAAGCCUUCAGGAAGAGAUCUUGCUGCUAAUUUAGAUGCAUAUUUGGCUGGCGAAUUCUUCGAAACAUCUAGCGACAGCAGCGAAAGUAGCAGUAUUGAAAGGGAAAAAAAUAUUAGAGCUUUGAUCCGCAGACAGAAGGCCGAUAGAAAACGGCAGAAGCGCAAGGCUGCCGAAGAAGUGCCAGGGAAGUUGUCUUUGCCACCUGCUGUGGCAGAGGAAGAUAAACUAAACGAGAACUUGUUUGUGAUCAGUUAUCCGCCGCAAACCGUGUCUAAAAGCGCUGAGGUGUUUCUGACCCACUUUAAAUCGUUACAGCAGAUGUAUUUCCGAAACGUCAAGGAUGAACCUGUCUACGUAGACCAGUUAAUGCGUCAGUUGCAAAAGUUAUGUAACAGUAAUGCGCGGUUCAUGGACUAUCGGCAUAUCCGAGAAGGGAUCGCGUGUGCCAUCCUCAUUUCUUCCGAAUGGCACCGGGCGACGGUGGUGGAUAAAGCUGUGGAGAGCGUAAAGGUACAGAUGGUGGAUUUCGGCCUAUGUAUUGAUAUUCCAGCAGGGGACAUCACGAAAAAAAUAGCAUGGCUACCAAAAUCAGGCGCACUUGUUUUGCCUCCAAUGGCUUAUCCUUGUCGUUAUACUUUCACGGAGUUGGUGAUAACGGAUGAGGUAACUGCCUGUGCCUCGGAAGUACUUACUUCUAGAACGUGGAUCGCCACCUUUGGCAGCACCGACAUUCCAGCCAAUAUCUUGACGUUGGAAGACAAGGACACUCGCGAGGAAUUCAGCACUGUUCUCAGAACGACCUAUUUGAACAAAAUUAACGAUUUGGUUGUCGACCGGGAAAAUGAAUCAUAUGGUAGAGACCAGUCGGAAGACUCGGAUCUCAAGCAUGCAUUUCUGUUGGUGUCGGGGUAUAGUGGAUGGAAACUCGGAAUCAACAUCUUCACGCACACACACACACGCGAGCUACGGUUCUUGACGCAUUACAACUACUGCGCGCUGCAGGCCAUUUCACUAUAUCAGACGCUAAAGCUCGUCUAA